CCGUCGUAAUGAACCGCCCCUCUCAUUACCAGCGCUCACACUGCUGGAGGAAGAGCGUCCCGCUGCUGUUUGUUCAGCUCCUGUUGUAAAGUUACUGAGGGACAAACGAGCGGCGGGCAGUUUGACCAACAAUGUCGAGCAGGUAGAAACUGCGUGACUGAAGCCGCUGAAAUGAGCGAAACAGCCGAGACGAGAGGGCCCGUAACCCGCCGGAGAAGGACAACCAUCACCAGCACCAAGCAAACCAAGAGGCAAGACGCAGGGGAGAAACCUCCACCGUUUUCCGCUAAAGAGAAAGCCGCAGACAAGGUCCAGAAGCAUGCGAGCAACAACGGCAAUGUGGAGAAAGAAAUGGGGAAGUCAGCGCAGCAGCAGCAGCUCACAAACAGUCCGAAGAAACAGAGGAGUGCGGUAGAAGAUAUCAACGACAGGCUCAGGUGUCACAAUCUACAGGAGUCUCUCUUGAGCUCAGCCAGCGGCUACAGCAACUACAGAGGAAUCCUCAACUGGUGUGUUGUCAUGCUGGUGCUGAGUAAUGCGCGACUUUUCUUAGAGAACAUUAUAAAGUAUGGCAUCUUGGUAGACCCUAUCCAAGUAGUGUCCCUCUUCUUAAAGGACCCCUACAGCUGGCCAGCAGCAUGCCUAAUCAUUGUGUCCAAUGUGUUCGUCUUAGCAGCCUUGUACACAGAGCGGCGUCUGGCUGUGGGCACAAUCUCCGAAACUACAGGGCUGAUUCUUCACUUGUUUAAUCUGACAUCCUUGUUAAUCUUUCCUUCAGCCUCAAUACUCACUAUGACCUCCAUCACACCAGUGGGUGGUGUGCUCUCCUUAGGCACCUACACAGUGCUGUUUCUCAAGCUGUACUCCUACAUGGACUCCAACAAGUGGUGCAGAGAAAUCAGACAAGCCAAAGCUAAAAGAAUGACACGAUCAUAUUCAUGUCCAAUUGUGGCACAGUCCAACGGGUCAGCGGUUAACACCAAUGUCUCCUACCCAGGCAACCUCACACACAGAGACAUGUACUACUUCAUCUUUGCACCAACUCUCUGCUACCAGCUCAACUUCCCACGGUCUCCACGGAUACGCAAAAGGUUUCUGAUCAGAAGACUUUUUGAAAUGCUUUUCCUCAUGCAGUUGUUGGUGGGAUUAAUACAGCAGUGGAUGGUCCCAAGUGUUCAGAACUCAAUGAAACCGUUCCAGGAAAUGGACUUUUCUAGGAUGGUGGAGCGGCUGCUGAAACUAGCUGUUCCUAACCAUCUAAUAUGGUUAAUAUUCUUCUACUGGUUUUUCCAUUCCUCUCUGAACUUUGUGGCAGAGCUCCUGCAGUUUGGAGACCGGGAGUUCUACAGGGACUGGUGGAACUCUGAGACUGUCACAUACUUCUGGGCCAACUGGAACAUCCCAGUGCACAAGUGGUGCCUGAGACAUUUCUAUAAGCCAAUGUUGAGGAAGGGGGUGAACAAAUUUCUGGCUCAAACUGCUGUUUUUCUGGCUUCUGCCUUUUUCCAUGAGUACCUGGUGAGUGUUCCUCUCAAGAUGUUUAGACUGUGGGCAUUCAUGGGAAUGAUGGCUCAGGUUCCUCUGGCUUUGUUCGUAAGUCGCUUCCUGAACGGAAACUACGGCAACGCGGCCGUGUGGAUCUCACUCAUCAUUGGACAGCCCAUCGCCGUGUUGAUGUACGUCCAUGACUACUAUGUCAUUCAUUACGGGAGCACUACAUAACACAGGACAAACACCCACACACCAGUCUGCGGAACACGCCAAUGAGGUAUUAUAGAGUAGGUUCAGGGGAAUCCAUGGCAAGCUGAUGUUUAUGAAGCUGUUGAAGCAUUGGCACGAAAGUUGUGACUUUAUUUUUGCACAUUAGAAAACCAUCAGGAAAUGAUUUUGGAUAUUUAGGAGUCUUGUCUAGUCUCACACUGCACCCCUGUCAGCCUCCAACUGUGCGAUCCACUGUACAAAAACAAAUAUAUGGUGCUAGGGGUUUAAUCUACCGUUCACUGGCUCAAAGGUUAGACUUCUUUGGGGGUUGGGGACUCCUCUUCUUUAAUACAUUCAUUUUAAAAGUGGGAAGACUAAUAAAAACCACACGCUCCUCCGCUCAGUAGUGAAUGUUUAAGAAUGCACAUACCAGCAGGUGCAACAAGUGUGAACCACUGCCAACUGUGCACAAGCUACAGCCUGGAUCCAGGAUCCUUCUUCCAGAGAAACUAUAUGAAAAUGGGGAUUCUAUAUCAGGGGCUGAGGAGUAUAUCCAGAGGCAACACUUUUAAAUGUUAAAACCAGUGAACUUCUACAAGCUAAAGCCUGACAUCCUGGUCGACCACUUAAGAAUCUCCAGGGCUUGACAUAGACCAGACUGACUUUUGCAUAUAUCCUUGGAUGCAAUAUAACUUCCAGUAUUACAGACGGUAUAUUAAAAAUGACACUGAAAAUGUCCGAAGGUAGAAAACUGAAGGAAACAAGGAUUCCUCUCCAAAAAGACUGAGCACCAGGACGUUGAUGUGGAUUUAUUUGUACAGUUGUAUGUCAAACAAAAUCAAUGCAAGCUUUGAGCGGAAGAGCACGCGCUGCUGGCUUACUUGCCUUGGCUUUAUCAUCAUCUUGUGUCUGCACUGCCUUUGAUUUGUCGAGUUUAUUUUAUAGUUUUGCAGUAUUGUAUUUGCUGGAUGUUUGAUUGUGCCAUCUUGAAUUCAAAUGUGGUAUUUUGUGUUUAAACUAAUGAUUUAAGUGUUUGAUUUGCCAUUUGAACCAAUGAAUGUCUUUUGCACUUGAGAUGCAUGCAGUUAAGUGAAGCAAUAGAUUUCAAUGGAUGCAUUAUUUUAAGUUGUAUCAAUCACGUAAAGAAAACAAAUUUGUGCUGAGAUUUCUAUGCUCUGUAAUCUGCUUGUUGGCAUUGCUGUUAAAAGGGAAAACUGAAGCUGCAUUAAUUUAAAGAAGGCAGUUGAAACAGCCUGAUCACGUUGGAUGAUUUACAGUAUUUGUUGAGUCCAUUUCUUUGAUCUAGAUAUUGUCAGAACAUGACACUACUGCCAGUGUGGAUAACAUACCAUAAAUUGAUGUAGGAAGAUGUUCUUAUUUUAUCAGUCUUUGAGAGAUAAGUGACAGCCUUUUGUUUAAAAAUGGUUGCAUUCUUUCCUUUUUGAUCAUAAUUCAGGGAAAAACUGUCCUGGAGCACCAGUUAUAGAACUGAGUGUUGGCAUUCCUUACUGAAUACUAAGUGCCUGCUGUAAAAAGGAGGGAAAAAAAAAUGCUUGCAUUUAAAAUGAAGAAAAAUGCUGUUAGAUUUGAUGCCAAAUGUAGGAAAGGUAGUUUAACUUUUAUCUAUGUAGCAAGUGGGCUUCUUUGUAUGGUGUGGUGAUUUGUGCGGGAGCCUAAGAUUAACUGCACUAAGCUCAAACUGAAAUAUUUUACCAAAUCUCAGUUUUAAAGCUAUAAUUUUUGUUUUCCUGAAAACUCAAAAGUAAAGCAUUCUGAUCAGUUUAUUAGUAUUUCAUUGUGCAAUGAUUUAAAUCUUUUUGUCUGACCCACUUACAUCUGCAAAUGUGACCCAGUGAGAUACGGUUAUUGUGUGACACCACAGAGUUAACAUCUGAGUAGAGUACAAUCGAUAGGAGGCGUCCAAGGCAAUCCAAAGGUGUUGCUUCAAUAUUAAUGUUGAGGUGUUUUUGUUUUUGUUUUUUUUUGAUGCAAUAUGUAAAAAUGAAUAGAUUGCUAGUUUUGCUCAUGUGGACAGAAAUCCAAAGUGAAGAAAAAGAUAAUUUUGGAAAGGCAACUGUCACUGAAAAUGUGUG